CGGCUCUCGGCAGCCUCAAUUUUAGACUGUGCCACUAGGGUGUCGAGAUGCGGUCUAAUUUUCAGCCUCGCGAUCGACCCCUCCUCCACGUUUUCUUUUCCUUCUCGCACGCCCUGUUUUCGCCAGAGCUGAACUUUCAUCUACCUCGUGUCGCCGUGGAAUAUAGCUACAGAGCUUGAGGCGACGCUAGAUUCAGAUAUGCCGCAGAGCAGCGUCACUCCAAACACGCCUAUCCAGGCGGUCCCAAGAAAGGCGGUUGCGAGGAAGGCCAUCGGAGGCGUGGGUAGUGCGCCUGCUUCGGAAACGAACAUCGUCAAGUCGCCAGACGCCGAAGCCUCAUCAAUCCCAACCAACGAUGGCCUCGCUAAUCGAAUAAUUCCAAUCACAGCGUCAUCGCCAGCGUUGACGCUCAUUCCGGCUCAUACACAAACAGCUCAACACUCCGAGCUUGGGGCUAAUGGAUUCUCUUCGACCAGCUCGCCUCAACUUUCACAACAACAAGAAGUUGCGAGUAGGCCUGAUCUACAGAGACGGGCAAGUUCCAUGUCAUACUUUUCGAACCCUCACAUGGCAUCGACCGUCCAGCCUGUGGGCUAUGCAGGACAAGCCGUACAUGAGAAUAGUUCAAUGUCGGCUGUCCAUCCUCAGCAAACUGGUGUUGCGAGCCAGGCCGAAGGACAGGCUCAAUCUCCCAACUUAUGGCGAAUGAAUUCGCUACAGAGCGUUGGUAGCGUUUUCUCUUCUUCACACGCCAGUGGAUGGCCAGCAAGCCCAAGUAGCAUGAUUUCUGAUCAGACAGGUUGCACGUCGCCCUUGAGCAGAUUUUCAACUGCAUCGGAUACGAUAUCACCAGGUGGCGGUGCAUCGAUAUUGACGGGAAGCAUGAGUCAAUCUCCGCCUGCGACAAAGGUAACGAGUCUGCCAACUUGCGCUCAGUGUCGAGCGGUUAUACAAGCCAAUGUUUCCAAGUUCGAAUGUCUGAUUUGCUGGACAGGUGCAGUAAUAACAACAUUCUGUGUGUAUUGCUUCACUUCGGGUUCUGCUGCUACCGGACACGCAGAACACGACAAGUCGUUUUUCGUGAACGAAUCUGAUCCAGAAGUCCAACCGGGCAAGAGGGCAGAAGAUUCCAUAAGUCAGAGUUUGCCUCAUCUGUCUCCUGUGUGGAUUAUUAGGAAGAAUUACGCCGGUAGGAUAUGGUAUCAGCACCGGGCAACCGGUUUUCGCACGCACAUCCGCCCCAUGACUGCGGUUGUUCCUCCCCCAAGCUUGCUCGCUGGUUGGGAAGCGCAUGCAAGCCCAGAUGGGAAGCAGUACUAUUACAACAAAACCACUGGAGUGAGCACCUGGAACGCUCCUGUUGCAUCGCCUCUUCCAUAUGGCUGGAAAGAAGUUCGCACCCCUGACGGUGUUCCGUUUUACGUCCACGAAGUACUGCAACUUGCGUGCUGGGAGCGUCCGGGCCAAGCGCCAAAAGCGAGAUCAGGCACUCCAAGCAGCUCGGAAAUCACCGUGGAAAGUUCAGCGCCGGUGAAAACCACGAAGUCGGGCAGCAAAUCGACCGUGGCCCACGGUGUGGCCGCGGCGGGGGCAGCAGCGAGCCUGGCCAACGACAUCUCCCAACUGAGUAACGGGGCGAGCCUGACACCACAGGGUAUCAUGUCGGCGACCAUUGCAGCCGCCAGAUUAACCACUCAUGGUGCCAAAUUCGCCGGCAAGACGAUGGGUCGGCUGGCGAAGAGCCAGAAGAUUCGAAGGGCAAGCAGGAUAUUCACUCAAGCAUCCCAUCUGGCUACGCUUGCGGAAGGCGGAAGCUUCGAAGGAGGAGGAUAUGGAGAUAAUGGCUCCGACGACGUGGAUGCAGGGUUCACGGAUAGCUUUGCUGAAUGCGAGGAUGACUCGACCGCAGUCGAUGAUGGGUACCAGCAACCUCAAGACGUUGGGUUCGAAUCUCAAUAUGUCCCGUCCGUGACAAUGCAGCCGGUUCAAGAAACUUACCAGCCUCCUUUUGCGCCAUAUGUGCAGGACCAGGUGGUUCAACAACAGGUUGCAUUUGUCCAAGACGACAGUCUAUACGCACCAAGCGAACCGCCUCCCGCGGUGGUGAACGAUGUAUAUGUCACAGAGGACGUUUCUUGCAGUGGAGCUACCGUUGAGGAAACCAACGUCGAAGUCAGCGUAAACGUGCAGAGUACCGUGGACAGUAGCUACAUCAACGUUAACGAGGUUCAGCAGCUGGUCACAAUCCAAGAGCAGCAGAUCAGCACUCAGCCUCAACCGUCAUCACCUGCUGCUGCGGCACCUCUGGAUACUUAUCCACCAACGGCUGCAAACGCGAAUCUGGGUGCUUCGCCAGCAAGUGGACUCGGUUCAGUGGUAGCGCCGCCAGCGACCGUGGAAAUUGACACUCUCGAUGUCGUAUCUCUGGACGCACUCUCACCGCCGCCAGCAUAUGGUUUGCCUCCAGACGUAAUUCCGCAAAGCCCAAGCUGUGCAACACCACCACUACCAGCAGAGCUCAGUGCGGUGCCGCCUGCCGCAGGCGUUACGCCGCCAGAUUUCGAUCCUGUUCUUGACGGAUCGGUGGCGGUUUCACCCUCCGCGUGAAACAGAGCGGCAUUGUCUUUAAUCAACUUCGUUCUGUAGUAGAACAUGUAGCGUACUAAUCAAAUUUGAUAUACAUGUGUUUUUCUG